AGCAGGAAGCGCACAUUUUAAGGGCGGACAGUUGCGUUUUUAUUAACUGGGGCUUUUUUUUUGUUGCAAUAUCGCACUGGAAGUCAUUCGUCUCUGUCCAGCAGGAAAUUGUCUCCCACGCCUGUCAGGUUUUUCUCAAAACGCCAUAUCUUUCAAUGUAUCCUGCCCUGUUGCACUAAGUAGCCAUCAGUUAAGUGCAGUGUUCCUCGAAGGAGCACCGCGGCUUAUGUGGAGAUGGAGGAACGCGCUCGCAGCUGCUUGCUGCGCUCCCAAGCCACUCUGGAGCAGGACAUCAAAGCCUCCUACUUGAUGGACCACAUGGUCAGCGAUGGCGUCCUGUCGAGUGACGAAGAAGCAAGAGUGCUCAGCAAGCCCACUAGAAGAGAGCAGGCUGCCGCCCUGCUGGAGGUGCUAUUGAGGAAAGACAACAGGGCCUACAUCUCCUUCUACAAUGCGCUGAUCAGGGAGAGUUAUGGAGAUCUGGCCAACCUCCUCCAUGGUGACCUUCCUCUCCUCAGCCCGGAGGGAGAGAGGAGCUUUGCUGAUGGAGUGUCUCCCUCUGUCCAGGCGAUCCUGAGCGAAGGUGGUGUGCCUCAGAGACCUGUGGUGUUUGUGAGCCGACCCACUCUGCUCAACCUGAUCCGGGAGAAGCUGUAUCGACUACAAAAUACGCCGGGCUGGGUCACAGUGUUUGGCAUGGCUGGCUCAGGGAAGUCUGUGAUGGCUGCCGAGGCUGUCCGAGACCAUGCUCUCAUUAAGGAGUGUUUUCCAGGUGGUGUUCACUGGCUCUCUGUUGGCCAAUGUGACCGGGCAGACCUGUUGGUAAGGAUGCAGUCUUUAUGUUUCCGUUUGGAGCAGGGUCAAAGUUUAGAAGACAGCCAGCGGCCACCAUGCUCUGUGGAGGAGGCCAGAGAGCGCCUACGAUUUCUAAUGCUGCGGAGGUUCCCUAGGUGCCUGCUGAUUCUGGACGAUGUCUGGGACAGCUCUACUCUCAGGUCCUUUGAUAUUCAGUGCAGGGUUCUUCUGACCACUCGCAAUCGAGGUCUGGCCGACUCUGUAAGCGGUUCAAGCUUUGAAGUGCCUGUUGAGAAUGGUCUAGAUGAGGAGAAAGCCCUGGAAAUUCUUGCUUUGUACGUUAACGGAAAACCAAAGAAACUUCCUGAACAGGCCUGCAGCAUUGUGAGAGAAUGUAAAGGUUCUCCUCUGGUUGUUUCUCUCAUUGGAGCUUUAUUGAGGGAGUUCCCUGACCGCUGGAACUACUACCUGCGACAGCUUCAGAAGAAGCAGUUCAAGCGGAUCCGUAAGUCGUCGUCUUAUGACUAUGAAGCUCUGGACCAAGCCAUGGAUGCAAGCCUGCAGGUUUUGGAGCCCGAACACAGAGAUCUGUACAGAGACCUGAGCAUCAUGCAGAAAGACAUCAAAGUGCCUGCUAAGGUUCUGUCAGUGUUGUGGGAUCUGGAAUUGGAGGAAGUGGAGGACGUCCUGCAGGACUUUGUGAAUAAAUCUCUGCUGUUUCGAGACUGUAAUCGGAGACCAUACCACUACUACCUUCAUGAUCUGCAGCUAGACUUUCUUAUCGAACAAAAUCGUGAUCAAAUUGCUGAACUGCAUAAAAAGCUGGUCCGUCAGUACCAGCAGUUUUAUAACGAAAGACCACCCAGCUCUGGAGAUAUAGAUUGUUCAUAUUGGUACCGCUUCUUGCCGUACCACAUGGCUAAAGCCGGAUUGUCCAAGGAGCUUUAUUCCCUGAUGUUUUCCUUGGACUGGGUCAAAGAGAAAGCUCAGUUUAUGGGAUCUGCCCAUCUUAUCAACGACUAUGUCGAAUAUGGUGAAAUACUAGAUAAAGAGAACAAUGAGGUUAGACUGCAGUUUCAGGAGUUCCUGUCUUUAAACGGACAUCAUCUGGAGCAGAGACCGUUUCCUGAUGUAGUGCAGUUGGCUCUGUCUCAGCCCUCGUGUUCGGAGGUUUACAGACAGGCAUUAAAGCAGGCACAGAAGAGGGCCAGCAGAGGGCAGCUCUAUCUGGACUGGGUGAACAAAAACAGUCAGGACAGUUUGUCUCGUCUGGUCAUGCAUCCUCACCAGGGGUCUGUCUACUAUGCAUGCUUCUCCAAAGAUGGAAGUAAAAUCGCCUCUUGUGGCGCCAACAAGGCGCUGCGGGUGUUUAAAACAACCUCUGGAGAGAAACUUUUAGAGCUUCAGGCUCACGACGAAGACAUUCUGUGCUGUGCCUUUUCUCCAGAUGACCGUUACAUUGCAACCUGCUCCAGUGAUCGGAAGGUUAAGUUAUGGAGUGUUGAGCGAGGUACUCUUAUCAGAGAGUUUGGGGAGGAACACGAGGAGCAGAUAAACCACUGCCAGUUCACCAACGCAGGCAGACGUGUCCUGCUGGCCACCUGCUCCAACGACAAAUUCACCAACACUAAGCUGUGGAAUCCCAACAAGCUGACCUCUCAGAACACCAUGUUCGGACACAUGGAACCUGUCAAUCACUGUUGCUUUUCUCCUGACGACGCCUACCUCUCCACUUCAUCCAGUGACGGCACCUUGAAGCUGUUUGAGGUGUCAUCUGCGAACGAGUGGAAAUCAAUUGAUGUCAAUAGUUAUUUCCCAGAGAGUGAUGAUGAAAUAAAAGCCAUCGUGAAAUGCAGCACUUGGUCGGCCGAUGGCUCGCGGAUCAUUUGUGCUGCCAGAAACGCUGUGUUUGUGUUUGAUGUGAAGACGUCAGACAUGCUGUUGGAGAUGAAGACCAGCCGACUGAGCACAGUGCAGUACUGCCACGCUUGCCCCAGCAGCAGCCUGCUGGCCGUCGCACUCUCUCAUUACACAGUAGAGUUGUGGAACUUUGAGACCAGUAAAAAGAAAGCUGAAUGCAAUGGUCACCUGAGCUGGGUACAUUGUGUCCAGUUUUCACCUGACGGCUCACUCUUGUUGUCUUCCUCUGACGAUCAGACUAUCAGGCUGUGGGAGACCGAUCAGGUUCACACCUCCUCUGCUGCGGCUCUGAAGAGGGAUUCUGAUGUCCUCUUCUCCCAUAGUGAUAUUACAAUAGUGGCGACAGACAGCAGAAACAGAUUACAGGUGCGGAGCGGAUCGACAGGUGCCGUUGUGUUUGAGAGCAACGAAUUGCCGUCCAGGAUUCGCUGCACGUGCAUCAGCAGAAAUGCUUCGUUUGUGGCCCUAGGGACUGUGGACGGAAGCGUGCAGGUGUUGGAGGUUCCAUCUGGACAAUCAGUGACGCUCAUGGGUCAUACUAGGACUGUUCACCACUGCCAGUUUACUGACGAUGGCGAAACCCUCAUCACAUCCUCUGAAGACACCACCGUUCGGGUGUGGAAGUGGAGGACAGGUGAGUGUCUAGUGCUGGAGGGCCAUAAGGAGCCGGUCAGGAAGUUUCACCUGUUGAACAGCUCGACAUCCUCUCACCUGUUCUCUUGGUCGUUUGAUGGCACUGUUAAGGUCUGGGAUUCGAACAGAGGUCAGAUGCUGCAAGACCUUGAGUGUCAUAAGGGUGCCGUCUUGUCAUGUGACGUGUCCUCUGACGGAUGUCUCUUUGCCACCACAUCGGCCGAUAGGACUGCUAAGGUGUGGAGCAGUGCCUCGUGGGAAGUGGCUUUUUUGCUGAAGGGACACAAGGACUGUGUCCGUAGCUGCCGUUUUUCUUGGGACAAUAAGCGACUUGCUACGGGUGAUGACAACGGAGAAAUAAGGCUGUGGAGCAUGCUGGAUGGAGCUCUUCUGAAGAUCUGUUCACGGGACACUAAGGACUCCAUGGACUCUUUCCACGGCGGAUGGGUGACUGACCUGCACUUCUCCCCUGAUAACAGGGUACUGGUCUCUACGGGCGGAUACAUAAAGUGGUGGAGCGUAGAGACCGGAGAGGCCUUGCAGACGUUCUACACGAUGGGAGCCAAUCUGAAGAAGAUGCACGUGUGUGGCGAUUUCAGCACGUUCGUGACGGUGGACAGCAUCGGGAUCCUUUACGUUUUAAAAAGGUGGAGGGAGGAAGCCUGUAGAUGUAGUUUUGUGAAAGGUGUGACGUGUUGAAUGUUAGUAACAAAUGUAUUUUGAGAGUGCAAGAAGUGUUUUUUUUUUUAUUUUUGUUGUAAGUAAUGCAUUUUGUUCAUGUUGUUUGAUUUGAAAGAUGUAAUUAGUCUGUUCCCCUUUCUUUGUACCCCUACACAGUGGCUUUGUGGCCCAGCUUUUGAAGCAAUGCCUUAAUGUAAGAAUAGUGAAAAGUGCAUAGUGAGGUUUGUGCUUCUUUGUACAGUAAUGAUUUGUAAGCCUUAGCUCCAAAUGUUAGCGUUAAGGCCGCUCGGCAGUGAAACGGACACACUUGUAACCUUAGGACUAAAGAGUGUUUGUAUGUUUUUGUAAUGCUUUUAAUCCAAUUAGUCCACGGUUGGACUGUGUGGUGUUGAAAAUGUUUGUAUUGCAUUGUACAAUAACGUGAACGUCAACAAUGAAGUGAGAGCAAGGUAAUGCGCGUGAGUGUCGUCAUUGUUUGGGAAUGGUUUUGUUUGUUUUUGUCCAGCGGUUGGAUGUUGCAGGUAAGUAGAAGUAUGUUUUAGCAUGUUUUGCCACGUGUGGAAGUGCUGACACGGCAGCGGUCGCGCUCCGUCUGUUUGUGACGCUUUCUGUUGGCAGCUGGGUGAAAUGUCAUUGAGGCGUGUGCAGGCAGAGGCGAAGCGUUGGAUAGCGUUAGUAGUUUGUGAGAGAAGAGCAUGUAGAGGGAAUUAGCGUUGAGUGUGAUUGGGUUUUGUGCAGUCCUGGGGCCCUUUUUGAGGAAGUAGCGUGCUGUGGUGUUUGGGUCAAGUAAUGUAGUUGUAGUGAGGUGUGUGUGAAAGCAUUUGUGGAGGCAGCAAAAUGGAGUAGAAUAGAAACCCUGCAGGAAAGCGGUAGUUAUUUGUGGAGUAGUUUGUCGGUAGUAGUGUACACCGUAAAGAAAAUGUGACCUUUUAAACUAGUAGUGUCUGAUAGCAGUCGUGGGGUCCCUUGCUUUGCACAUUUGGUGAGCGUUCCUUUUUUGCCACAAUUGUGGUGAGAAGGGAUGCUUGUGGAAUGUGUGAAGAUGGGUCCUCAGGACUGUUAUUGGAGACUACUAGUGUAGAAGGGGGGUUUUUUUUAAGUGGUGUGCACUAGUAACGACUUAGUAUAUAUUAAUAAUAGUAGUAGGGCCCCCUCUCUGUAUAUGGGGGAAGAAUGGAAGGGAGGGCCUAAGUAUACAUACUUGUCUGCUCCUUUUCAACUUUUUUGCCCUCUUUUCUCUACUUUUUGUGAAUAAAAAGAACUCUGAAACGCCCGUGUCUGUCUUUAAUCCACAAAUGCAAUCGUUCCACGUACAAACAUGUCGACCAUCACCUUGACUCAAUAAAAACUUUUUCCCACUACUGCUUCUUUGUUCUCCACCUGCCUCGCUUUAUGAACCAGCGCUGUCUGAUGCGGAGGUGACGCUUAUCCCUACGUGCCACCUCCUUUUAAGUGCUGGAACUUAUGUUUGAAUGCUCUGAGGCUGGACCUCAUAAUGCUCAAUUCACUUACCUUAAGUCCCCGUUCUGCCUCAAAAGGUGGCAGCCACCACAUCGGCGUCACGUUAGCCUGCCUGUUGGUGCCGCACCAGGGGGUCCCUAAUCUGGCUCCGGUGUCAUUCUUUGCCCCAAUGUCAUCAAACACGCCCGUCUCUAAUGCACUUUUUCCAAUCCCUUUCUUUCAUCAUCAUCAUCUUCAGCCCUAAAACAAGCUGAUCAAACAAGUAGUUCUCUUCAAAUUACCCUUACUUCACAUCUACAACAUAGCCUCCUGCGCGCUUUCACUCAAUUGUUUUGUUUUUAGUAGCCUCUAUCGUGCGCUUCACGUGGCGUUACACAUCUCCGUUUACGCUCGCGCAACUACUUACGGACUUAUUCACACAUUACAAUGCGUUCCUUUCGCUUCACCGCCAUCUACGUUUCUUGAUCCGCUACAAUCACAAACUCAUAUCCACGCAUUUGUACAACACGCCUACUACAUCCAAGCGUCGCGCCUCAUUUUGGACGCUUACAAACAAACACUGAAACGCCGUUUCUGCUCUUUAACCCCUACCCUAGUCGCAACGACGUUACGCUUUCGACGUUUACUGACUACACUUUGGAAACUGCUGUACUUUCUAAACUAGAAAUACCCAAAGCGCUCGCGACUACAAAACUACACACCGACACGAGGCAACGCAGCUCUGAAAACGCUGCUCACUCAUCUCUUUCUUUCUUUCUUUCUUUCUUUUCACUAUCAAUCAAUCAAAAGUAAGCUCGACCGCACGCUACACGUAUCGCUUAUGCUUAAAGGAACAAUUCACCCGACAGUUCAAACCUACACGUAUCCUUCCGCGCGUCUUCUCGAGCACAUCGAUGCGCGUUACGUCCGCAGCCGUAAGCUUCCGUUCUGCUCUACACACCUUCGACACGCCCCAGAGAGCGGAGGUGCUGGAAACUACCUUCCUUCCCCAGGGUCGCGUCUGGUAUCACUUCAAACGUAUUUCUUACCGCUAACAAAUAUUUGAGCCGGACAAUUACCUUCCGUUCCCGUUUACGCGUAAACUACCCAAGUCUGACGCCUGGGUUCAUGCUAAUUCCGUCCCUUUCAUCUCGCUUUGCUAUUUUAAGGAACGGAGCAAAAGGCUCAGGGCGGAUCCUGCAAUCACAAAGCCGUUACGUUAUUCUCUGACCAUUUCAUGUUUUCUAGCAGCGCCGUGUCUUUCAAUUGCCAUCAUACGUAUCCACCUGACUGAAAUGGAGUCGCAUUCAACAUAACGUUACCAGCUGAACGGACAAAACACACAGGAAACCUUCGUCCACCGUUGGACGCCUUCCUUGGCCGAUCGCUGGAUUUUACAGGGUUCAAGACUCGUCCGUAGAAGCCUUGUUGCUACUGCUUUUUCUGGACAUCUCUCUCUCUCUCUCUCAAAUGUGUUCACAUUGCCAGAGCGCUAAUCUGCUGGCUUUCACACCUUCUAAACACAACUCAAUGGCAUCUGUACGAUGUGUUUUUGGAACGGCCGUUUUUACUCUUACCACUCCAUCGCCCGCUUCUGCCCACACAACUCCGCUACAAGCGCAUACAAAAACCAGCGUGGCUGUUGCUGGGUUUGCGUAAAGCUACUCUUCUGCCCCCGCUCUCUGCACCUUGCCCUCACAAUCUUCCUGUCGGCCGCUCGCGCCGUUGCUCUUUUCCUGCCGCAUCCCUCUCUGCUUGUGCACGCCGCACUUUCUCAAAGACGCGACCAAACAAAGUCGCUCAUUCAAAGCAUGUGCCGGCUAAAAUCGGCAGGAAAGCCGCCCUCCAACAGCUGGAUUGCAUGCGCAAGUGCGUCACUGUAUCUCCACGCCCCGUUUUGCCUCUCUGACCUUGAAUCUCCAAUAAAGGCCACUUUCUCGCCUAAACGCGAUCGGCCUUCCGCCGACAGUCGCUAACGCUUUGGAUGUGGAUCGCAGGCAGGCCUCAUUUCUCUCUCUCCCCCCUCUCCCGUCGUUGACCGCAGGGGAGGUGAAGCCCUAAACGGGCUCGUGGCCAGUGUUGCCAUGGCAGCUGGCUUUAGGAUGCCGGGCGUCCUCCCAAAAACCUCUGACGGUGGUCGUCGAGGUACUCCACGGGUUUGCCCCCGCAAAAAUAACUUCAAGUCACUCUUGUUUGCGUGCAUUUGUGCAAACGUGUCGCCAAACCUGUCAUCUCAAUGACUGCUUUUAACUACGAGCAAAGCGUUCGAAAAAGCCACUGUUCUUCGUAUCUACCACAUUUAGAGUAAAAGCUGCGUAACUGACCGCACAUGUUUCAGACGCACAUGCUUCAACUCGCGUACCGUACCGUGCUUUCUUAAAGGGUUCAAAUGUACAAAUAUACCUCGGUAUAUUACAAUUCUGUCACGCGCGUCAACAUAUACAAAGCUACGGGAAUACCUUUAUUGUGCCGAGAAAGCAAAAAUCGUGACUUCAUUAGACGAUUCGUCUCCUCUCCUUCUUCGUCCCGUCUGUCGUCUAAACUCUGCUCGUUUCCCUGAUGCAAAGAUACAGUGUAGGCCCGGGUACUACUAAGGCUCGUUACUUACCUCGCAUUUCCGCAACCUUUGUGCGGUACCUGUACCGUAAAGUCAACGUCAAAUCGGUCGUGAUGCGCUGCCAAUUGAUUCGAUUCUCGGCACGAGACGCAAAUACACGACACGACCUCACAUCUUGGCGGCCACUUCGGUUACCGAUUCUUUCAACGCCUCCAUUAUUCGACGUGACCGUACUUCAACUGGGCAACGGCAGUUGUUCGUCACGCGACUCCACUAAACAAUGUUAGCGUUGCACCCGAGGCAAAAUGAUCAAAUGUUCCCCAUUUAUUUCGAGAAAUGAUCUUAAACGUCGAUAUUUGCUGUCAAUGUUAGAUAAGCGCGCUUUGUUCUCUUCGUCGGAGAUGAUAGAUGCCGGGUGAGGACUGUUUUUGCUCUGGCCCAGUUCUCGCUUAUUCUCAGCUCUCUUUGUUCUUUUUAUAUCGACGUGACUGAACUGGUUGAACGACCGGAAAGACUCCUUUCAUUUUGACAUGGCGGCGGAAAGCUUUUUGGCACGUUCUGCGAGCGUUAAUUAAUUGAUUCCUAAGAUAAUUACCUAAACGGUUAUCCCCCGACGCUUCGUUUAGUCAGAGGCUUCGGGAUACGCGCCGUCUGGGACGCGGGACUACGGUUGUCUCGUUAGCUCUCAAACGCGACGGAUAUUUGAUCAAAAGGUUACGGCAGGUCAGACCGUCUAGCCUCAACAAACGAGCUCCGUUCGCGCUCAAGAGGCCAACCGUAUGUCGCCCCGCCUGAGGGGGGCGUUAUCCCGAAACGCACGCUCGCGUCCGUCUUGGAACAAAAUUCAGGGCGUAACGAGUGUAAAAAGGCACAAGACAAGACAUACGUGGAAAAAAGAAAGAAACGUGGCUCGCACAAGGAACAAUGGUUCUACAAUCAGGAUUUAUUCCGUGUGCUUUGCAAGAAUAUAAAUAAAGACCAAACUUACAAAAUCUGUGUGCUGGAAGCCCAAGCCUAUCUACACGUGUGUUAGUCAGCAAUGAUGUCACAAAUCCACCCGUUGCUCAUACCGGCGUUUGGCUUUUAACGUGUUGUACUUUACCCGCCAAAAUUGAUUUAUUGUUUUUGUUCGGUUUUUUUCUCUUCUCUCGUUUCUUGCAUUUUUUUUUGUUCUCUUUUAAUUACAUGUAUGAACAAUGAGUCAACAAAAUAUUUAUUUACACAACUGUGGCAAAAUUCUACAGUGACAAUGAGUGAAAAUAAGACAUCUCUUUUUAUAUUUUCAUCUGAAACGCAAGUGGAGCCAUCCGCGCGUUCGGUUCCUUCCGCGGUACUAGAAUAAUCUUCUUUUUUUUUUUUUUUUUUCUGUUUGUUUUCUCGGAUGGCCGUGUGUUUGAGCUCGACGCGUCAUAUAAAAAUAAUGUAACGUUAAGACGACAUCAGACGAGAAUUGCACGAUAAGAAGAAUAAUUAGAAUAAUUGUAAAUAUUACAGUAACGGUAAUAUACUUCUCUAUUAAACAGUAAAAUUUCUUGCCAAUAUAUGAAUAUUAAUCUGCGUGGCGUCGCCAAUUACGUCAACAGCCGCUCCGUAGCGAUUCUGGCACGAGACGUGUCCGUUUCCUGGUUGUCCAGUGCAAUGAGUCCGUUCACAUUGUGCAUAUUCAUAUUUUAAGAUCAAUAACCACAAACAAACAAAAGAAAGAAAGAAAGAAAGAAAGAAAAGAAGAAAGAAAACGGAAAAGGAAAAAAAUAAAAGUUAAAAUACAGCAAUUCAUGUAAAUGUCCAUUUUUAGCCCGGUCCAGACAUGCCAUGGUAUUUUGGACUAGACGUUCGGUGAAAGUCAGUGUGGGGCGUCCGAGUCGCCGCAGCGAAAAUCUUGCCCAAGUCCGUUUCGAAUCGCUGCAUCUUGAAAAGUGUACAUUCCCAUUCCACUGUCUCCUCCUAUUGUUUUUAUGCAGUGUGUGUGUGUGCGAGUGCAUGCGAGUGUUUCGUUAAAAGGCCACGGGUCCACGUCGACGGUCCUUGUACGCGUACGCCAAGUCCCAGGCGAAAAAGUCCUUGUGCGAAUCCUUACACGUGCGAUACGAGGGGCUCCGGUGACGCUUUUAGGUUCCGUAUUUGCGGUCCGUUUUUGCAAUGCGUGUGAGAGUGAGGGUCCAUGUUAGGGGCAGGCUACAUUCUCUGAAUUCCACUGUAAUAGACAUGGGCGUCCGCCAUUGCCCUGUGAAUGAAAUCACAUCACUUAUCCAAAGCGUCCAUCAAAAAAAAGCCCCCCCUUCUCCAGUUCACACGGACUGCAUGCUUUCCGUCAACUACACUGCAUGUCUCAGGACUGGCUCGGGUUCUCGUUCACAGGCAAAACCAAAAAAAGGGGAGAGAAAGAAAACGCGACGGAAAAAAAUUCCCGGUGGGUAAAACGACACGCGCGAUUCGAGAGACAGUUUUCGCCGAGUGUCUCGUCGUAAAAGCAAGCCUUCGUGUUCAAUGCUAUCUGACAAAACUUCUGCGUCCGCAAAUUACUUUUAUGCUUCGACUGACUAAAACAAGCUCGUGUGCCCUUUAAGAGAAGAAAAACAACAACGACGACGACGACAA